GCCGGCCGCACCCCGACGUCGCGACGUCAGUCGUUGUUCCAGCGUGGCUCAACAAGUACACGCGGCACCGAGCUGCGACGGUUUCAAAUUUUGAAAAAGUCCUGACGUGGCUUCGUAUCCUGACUGUUUAAAAUGUAUUAAAUAACGAAAAUAACAUUAAUCGCGAGAAAAAUCACAGAUCAUCUUUUCCACAGCGAUUAAUCAACGAUCUACUCCACAAAACAUUCGCAAAAGAGAAAAGAAUAUACUAUGCGAUCUAAGGUGACAAAUGAGAACACAUGGGAGACAAAGUGGGCCACGGAAUCAACGCAGAGCGGUAGAGGCGUGCGACGAACGACGAAAAAAACUGAAUCGUCGAGGUUGAAAUUGUCAAAACCAUCCAGAGGGAACACGGCGCGGGAGAGAACUCUCAGGAGGCUGGAGAGCAAUGAACGAGAGCGCAUGCGAAUGCACAGCUUGAACGAUGCGUUUCAAUCUCUACGCGAAGUGAUCCCGCACGUUACAAAAGAGAGACGGCUCUCGAAGAUCGAAACAUUAACUCUGGCUAAGAAUUACAUAGUGGCCCUUACAGACGUGAUAUGCGCUAUGAGAAACGAAGAGGAUCAGCAAACAAGUAGUUCCGAAACUCAAGAUUCAUCGAACAGUGAACAACGAUUAGAAUCAACCGUCGUUCGCAUGAAUAUUCCUAUUGCCUCCAGAUCUUGCGCUUCGGAAACUCAGAAUUUUUAUCAGAGCAAGCAUUCCCGAUGGGAGAACGAUCAGGACAACGUCACAGGUCUCUGA